AGCUUGCUAGAAUAAACCUUCUUGAUAGACAGCUUUAGCGGUGAGGGUGUCUGCAUUGACUGUUAACGCCAGAACAGUUCACUGAGAAGGUCAACAGGAGAGUAUUGUGAGGAUAAUUAGAGGACAAGCUUAGUAAUACGACCCACAUUACACAUAUUGGCUGCAUCUGUAGGUUGUUGUCAGGUCAUAGAGGGGGACUAGGACAUAGCUAGCCAGCGCUAGCUAACAUAGACGCUAACUGAAAGUGUCAAUCAGUCUACCUAACGGUAGAUUACACAGUUGGUGACUGUAACUGUCUGUUUCACGGUAGGUAAUAUUUAGUCCAUUUUCCGCUACUGUCAGGGGACGUUGAAGAGCGACGAUGGACUUCGUUGCUGGAUGCAUCGGAGAUUACAGUUGGGACUCAUUCCUGAUUGGCCCUUUUCACAAAUAAGUCAGGGGCUGCUGGAGUCUUGGUUGGACACCCAUUUGACACGGUUAAGGUGAGGCUGCAGGUCCAGAGUGUGGACAAGCCUCUGUACCGUGGGACCUUUCACUGUUUCCAGUCCAUCAUUCGGCAGGAGACGUUAUUUGGUUUGUACAAAGGCAUCGGAUCCCCCAUGAUGGGCCUCACAUUCAUCAACGCCAUAGUGUUUGGAGUCCAGGGGAACACCAUGCGUCUGCUGGGACACGACACCCCGAUGAACCAGUUCCUGGCGGGCGCAGCAGCGGGUGCCAUCCAGUGUGUCAUCUGCUGCCCCAUGGAGCUGGCUAAAACCCGGCUGCAGCUGCAGGGUACUGGAGAGAAGAAGUCCUCCAGGAAGUUGUACAAGAAUUCCCUGGACUGCUUGGUACGCAUCUACAACCGGGAGGGUCUGCGGGGCGUGAACAGAGGCAUGGUCACCACACUGAUUCGCGAGACACCCGGCUUCGGGGUGUACUUCCUGGCCUACGACGUGCUGACGCGAGGACUCGGGUUUGAGCCAGAUGACCGCUUCAUGAUCCCCAAACUGCUGUUUGCAGGGGGCAUGGCUGGCAUCGCCUCCUGGCUGUCCACCUAUCCCGUGGAUGUGAUCAAAUCACGGCUGCAGGCGGACGGGGUGGGGGGGGUGUACCGAUACAGCAGCAUCGCCGACUGUGUGCGGCAGAGCGUCAGGAGAGAGGGCUACAUGGUGUUCACACGAGGCCUCACCUCCACGCUGCUGAGAGCCUUCCCCGUCAACGCAGCCACUUUCGCCACCGUCACCCUCAUCCUCAUGUACUCCCGGGGGGAGGGGCAAGGACCUAAAGACUGCGAGUUGGCCCCGACGGGUCACCAGGCGCAGCUUCAGCAGCAGGCCCACCCCUCCAGCCUGUGAUUGCACAAAAGUCUCAACAUGGGCACUUUACUAGAGCAUGGAAAGAAGAAACAAACAUAAACAAAAAAAACGUUAUUACUGUUAGUAACUCUCACAACAGACCAGUCAUUCCCAGUUGUAAGUCAAAAACAGUCUGUCAUUUUAAAAAGGAAACAAAGGAAAAUAAGUGUAUAUUUUUCUCAGUUUCAGUCUCGCCUCUGACGAUGCAGAGUUGUAAACGUGUUACCUCUAAUAAGAAAUUAAGUUAUUUUGCAGCAGUUUUACAAAUCUCUUGUAUUACACUGAUCCAGACUUGUUACUGAGCCACAAAAGUGAGGGUGUGGCUAGGUAGCGUGUGCACUGAAGGUUGAUAUCUCUAUAUAUAUAUUUAACUGCAUCUGUGUUUAUAUCAUUGUCUUUGAUUCAUUUAUUUUCUAAUGUUUAUUGGAAACAUUUUCCCUGCCUUAUAAUAUGAAUAAUUGUAUUUUGUUGAAGCUGAAGCACCUGUUUGUGACUGAAUUGUAUCCUGUCGAGAGCCGAGAGAGAGAUGGAAUAUAGCUUUUUUUUGUGCAGAACUUAUCACUUUUGUGUGCUUUUAAACCAAAUGAACAUAUAGCAGCUACAAUCUAAUCCCCACUAAAGCACUAUUUCUCGAUGCGGCGCACGUCAGUACCCAAUUCUGACUGAAAUUGAAGGGACUGAAGCGUGCGUAGCAGGAUUUAGAGAUGGACUUUUGUUUUAGGUCUUGUUUGUCUGUAUUGCAUUUUAGGUUUUACCAAACAAUGUGAAGUUUAUUUAUCACUUUAACUUUACUUCUGCUUUAAAGGCCUGAUCCAGAAGUGAAACGGGAUACAUGUUGCCCCUCACGUGUUCCAUUAUUUUGUUUCAUUUUUAUACUUUUCAGUUCUUUUUUUCAAAGCUUUUUAAACUGCUAGGGGAUUUCUAAAUGUCUAAUUAAUUUAGUAUGACCCUUAUCACUUUAUUUUCGUUUUAUUUACAUUUUUAGAAGAUAAAGAUAGAAGGUAUUUUUUCUUUGGUGUACCCAUACUGUACCUCCCCCUCUGGAUUGGGGCUUUAUUGCAGUUUAUUUAUUUUCCGAGUUAGUAUAUUAGCUUAAUAAUGUUAAGGUAUUGUUAACGAGUGGGCCUUGUCUGCUUUCUGCAUGUGCGUGGUCCGUAUCAUAUAUGUUUAUCUUUCUGUUAUUUAUGCCUGAAUGUUGAAAAUCUGUUAAAAAAUCGUAGUUGCUCCCCUACUAAAAUGCUAAUGUAUUGGAAGUAAAUCGUAGGUGCUACUGAAACUCUCUUGUUGUAAACUUAACAAGUCAUACUACUGUUGUGUGUGAAGACUAUCUUUGAAAGGCUGUU